AUGACAGCUGUCACUCCAGUACCCGACACCUUGAAGGCUGGUCUGCCAUGUCGAUACAGACUUGUCGUGUACCCGCCGCAGAAAAGUUUGGCGACGUCUAUCGGGGGGAGGGAUCCCCUCCCCUCCCCUCAGCUUGAGCAGAGGGGAGUGAAGGGGGACAGUCAGAUCGUACUGUGCGCUCUCAUGCUCUCAGCGUGUGCGCCCAUGACAGCCGCCGUUCGCCUGCCACCUCAAAGCAACGCCGCCGACCGUAAGUCAGCCGCCUAUUCCAGAGCGUUGAACGCACCCUUGCGGCCUUGCCCGUCUCGUCUCGUCGGCCUUACUCCAACUCGUGAGCAGCGCAACUGUGCGGCACUCAAUGCGGUGUGCGUGAAGGACAGGGGCGAUGCCACCUGCGUCUGCAACGUUGGAUUCGCCAUGACCCCCACCGGCUGUGUUGACACAUGCGUGCUCAAGGCGUGUGGCGUCAACGGCAAGUGCGUCAAGGACAGCGCUGGAGCGGCGUCCUGUGUGUGUGACACUGGCUUUGCGCUGCAGGCGGAUGGCAAGACGUGCACUGGUACGAGCUUCUAU